UGUCAACAUCUUUCAGUAAUAUUGAAAUUUUCCUGUUAUGAAAAAAAAGUUUUGCGAAGAAAAAUGUUUAAUUACAAAAUAUUAACGGCGCUGUUUUUUGGGAUCGUGGUUUCCGAGCUCUUUUUUGCCAACAUUGAUGCCGCUUUAUGCGGUAGAAACAGGGAAGGAGAAGAUCCUGGUAUUCCCUUGAGUCAAAUCAAAUUUAAUGUUCUUAAAAUGGAUUCGUAUGAACAAGAUAUUAAAAAGUCAUUAGAUGGUGUAUACAAUACACUGGAUAAAUUGCUGAAACACCCUUAUUUGGGAGCAGCCAUGGUUAUAUCUCUUGGAAUGAUUGGAAAAUUUAUGCUAACAACUAUCCAAAUAUUCACAAACAAAGGCGGCAAAUUCAAUUCAGUUCUGGCAAAACAAAUUGUUGAUACAGCUGAAAAAUUGGAUUUGGAAAACAAUAUCCAUCAUUUUAUAUCAACGAUGACGCAUAUCCAUCGGAGUCUUGAUCGAAUUGCAAAUAAUCGUACAAUUCAAGAAGAUGCAACGCUAACAAAUAUACAUCGUGAUCUUGAAAUUCAAAUGAAAAUUUCGAUCGUAAAAUUGGAGUUUAUAGAAAAUAUCCAGUUCUUUCGAUUACUUCACUGUUGGUGUUAAAUGCUUAUGUAAUUGCAUUCGAAGCGCUUUUGAGCGAAAGAAAACCACAUUUGGCACAACACUCAACAAUGGCAUGUGACAUUAACCGAAUUGUCGUGGAAUAUCGUUCUCUUGCUAUUUAUCAUCGAUUAAAUCUAAUCGAUGUUUCGGCAACAUAUUGGUUUUCUGAAGAUUCAGCGAAAAAAAUAAAAGCGAAAUUAAUUCCAACGAUUGCUGGUUAUCCAUACAAUGCAAACGGCUACAUCGGAUCAUCAUCGAUGGCUUGCGCUAAGAUGGGAAACAAUAGUAUACUACCACCGAUAAUGAUGUACUUAAACGAUAGCCAAAAUUCAUUUUAUGAUAUAAAAACAUGGAAUAACAUUGAAAAUUGCCUGGGGGACUAUAUGAAAUUCGCAAGAUACAAAAUCGAACGAUUUUUUGAUCAACCGCUUACAUUGUCAGAUCUUCAAUGUUCCGCUGAAGAAUGUUCGAGAAAGCGUGAAGGCACCACCACAUUUUUACCAGUGCCUGAACAUAACGAGAUUGACAAUGCAUUGUUGUAUUAAAGUAUAGUCGGGCUUGAGAUCUUUUUUAUUCAACAACAAGUCCUAAUUCAAUAUUGAAACGGAAAACAACGUUACUUAUACAGAGAAUUACAAAAUAAAAAUACAUUUGACCACGACAA